CCAACGAAACUUUAUCGUUUCCGGAAGUUGCAAUCGGUGCUGCGCCCCUCAUCCACCCCUCUGUUAUUACUACUAUUGCCGUUGGCAGAGCGGAUUGCAGGCGGUUGGGGUGCCACCCAGUCUGAUGGCGGCUUCUCCGGCCGAGCGUGGCCCUGAGCCGCCGGGCGGGAAGCGUCGGCCGCACGGGAUGCUGAAGCUCUACUACGGGCUCCCGGAAGCCUCGGGAGAGACCUUGGGCGCGGCUAGAGGGGACCUCGGGGGCCCCACGGACAUCAACGGGCCUCACUUCGACCCGGAAGUCUUCCUCACUAAGCUGCGGAAGGAGUGCCCCCUGGCUCAGCUGAUGGACUGCGAGACUGACAUGGUGAAGCAGAUCCGAGCCCUGGACAGCGAUAUGCAGACGCUGGUCUAUGAGAAUUACAACAAGUUCAUUUCUGCCACAGACACCAUCCGGAAGAUGAAGAAUGACUUCAAGAAGAUGGAGGACGAGAUGGACUGCUUGGCAGCCAACAUGGCUGUGAUCACUGAGUUCAGCGCCAGUAUCAGUAGCACCUUACAGGAUCAGCAUGAGCAGAUCACCAAAUUGUCAGGUGUGCACGCACUCCUGCGCAAGCUGCAGUUCCUUUUCGAGCUGCCUGCCCGCCUGACUAAGUGUGUGGAGCUUGAAGCCUACGCGCAGGCUGUUCGCUACUACAGCAAAGCGCACUCCAUCCUCCACCAGUACCGGCACAUGCCUUCCUUCCAAGGCAUCCAGGAUGACUGCCAGAAGAUCAUGGCUGACCUAGCUCAGAAGCUGCGUGAGAAGUUCAGGGAUGGGGGCUCCGGUGCCAAGGACUUAGCUGAGUGCGUGGAGCUUCUGCUGCAACUGGGUGAGCCGGCGGAGGAGCUAUGCGACGAAUUCCUCUCUCAUGCCCGCUCUCGUCUAGAGGCUGAACUUCGGGCCCUGGAGGCUGAGCUGGGGGAGGGGCAGCCCCAGAGUAUCUCCGGUCCAGCCACUGACAUCCUCGAGUUCACCGACCGCGGCUGCAACAGCUUUGUCAGCAACAUGUGCUUGGUGAUCGCCUCGUACCAGGAGCUGUUUGUCAGCCGGGAGGGCGCCGAAGGAAUUGCCCGCAUGGCCCAUGACAAGCUGGUGGCCUUCGUGGACAGCCUGAUGGAGCGCUACUUUGCCCUGGUGGAGCGGCGCAUCCAGCUGGAGAGAGGCGUGGGGGACAACUCACUGCUGGUGCGGGCCCUGGACCGCUUCCACCGGCGCCUGCAGGCCUUGGCCAGGCUCUUGCCGGCCUCUCAGGCAGCAGCCGAAGGCACGGAGAUUGUGGUGCGCGCAGCCAAGGAGCGGAUCCGCCAGUACCUCCAGGCCCUGCAGAGCUUCUACAUGGAUUGCCUGACAGACGUGCGCCAGUCCCUGGCGGCCCCCCGUCUCAUGGGCAAGGACAGCCCCAACCUGGCGGAACUCCUGAGCACCAUCUCGGCUUCCAUCCUGAACCAGAUCAAGUCGGUGCUCACCUACGUCCACCUCUUCACUGCCAAGGACAUCACUUUCUCCAAUAAGCCUUAUUUCAAGGGGGAAUUCUGCAGCCAAGGUGUCCGCGAAGGCCUCAUUGUCAGUUUCAUCAAGUCGAUCUGCCAGACGGCGCGGCAGUUCUGUGAGAGCGCGGGGGACAAGGGUGGGUCUACGCCCCCUGCACUGCUGCUGCUUCUCUCCCGCCUCUGCCUGGACUAUGAGACCUCCACCAUCAGCUACAUCCUCACACUGACUGAUGAGCAAUUCCUAGUGCAGGACCACUCCCCCGUGACCCCAGUGACGGGCCUGUGUGCUGAAGCCCGUGAAGCCGCCCAGAAGCUGCGGAACCAUUACGUCAAGGUGCAGGGCCUGAUCAUCUCCCAGAUGCUGCGCAAGAGCGUGGAGACCCGCGACUGGAUCACAACCAUUGAGCCGCGCAACGUCCGUGCCGUCAUGAAGCGUGUGGUUGAGGAUGCCACCUCCAUCGAUGUGCAGGUCGGGCUUCUGUAUGAGGAAGGUGUGCGUAAAGCGCAGAGCAGCGACUCCAGCAAAAGGACCUUUUCCGUGUACAGCAGCUCCCGGCAGCAGAGUCGCUAUGCGCCCAGCUACACACCCAGUGCCCCCAUGGAUACCAACCUGCUGAGUAAUAUCCAGAAGCUGUUCUCAGAACGCAUCGAUAUCUUCAGCCCUGUGGAGUUCAACAAGGUCUCUGUGCUGACUGGCAUCAUCAAGAUCAGCCUGAAGACGUUUUUAGAGUGUGUCCGUUUGCGCACUUUUGGUCGCUUUGGCCUGCAGCAGAUCCAGGUGGACUGUUACUACCUGCAGCUUUACCUGUGGCGCUUUGUUUCUGAUGAGAACCUGGUGCAUUUCUUGCUGGAUGAGAUUGUAGGAAGCACGGCCCACCGCUGUCUUGACCCUGUGCCCAUGGAACAGAGUGUGAUCGAGGUCAUCUGUGAGCGUGGAUAGUGUGGAUGCCAGAUUUGAUCACACAUGUGCACAUACUCUUGGGCAUGCACAGGAGAAGGGGAGAAAUGCCUUGAAAGCCUGCUGCAGUUGUGAAUCUUGCUUCCAGACUUCAAAACCUGGCGACUCAAGUGUGACAAAAGAAGAGACUUAAUCCUACUGUGUCUUCAGUAUUCAGCGCACACACCACACACAUUCAUUUCCACUACAACAAGGCAUCUUGAACACUGGAUGAAAUAAAACUGUGUCAGUUAA